CUCGGCAACAAGAAAACGGGCCAUGUUCAGCGCCCAUGCAUCAAAGACGUGUUUUGGUGGAAUUUUCCAAGUGGCUGGGAUGGUCUGGUGGAACCCGAAGACUGAUUGAGUACGAGUUUACAUCUUCACACAAGCAAUCAGCAGGUAGAUUGCUUCCAAGCCGAAGACGACCAAAGCUUGGAUCCCAUAGAUACGUUAUUAUGCUGUCCCUGAGUGUUUCUGCUUGAAAAUAAUAUUCAUCUCGGAGAUAUCGUUG